AUGGUAUAUUUCACGGAAAAACUCAUAAACGAGAUACGCAAGCGGUCGUGCAUAUGGGACACGGCUGACGUGAACCAUCUGAACAAGGAAGUACUGACCAACAUGUGGAUGGAGAUCGCCGGAAAUCUUUACUCAGAUUGGAACUCACUCAGCGGUUUCGAUAAACGUGAAAGAGUGACUGAUGUCAAGAAAAAGUGGACAAACAUCAAAGACUCGUUCGUCAAGGACGUCAAGGGCAAUAAACCGAGAAAGUCCCUGCGCUUGCCCGAGCACCGGAAAAAGUACUAUCUGUUCGAUCACCUGCAAUUUCUGAUACCGUUCAUCCAAGACACGAAAACCGGUGGCGGUGGUCGAUCGGUCGAAGACGGUGCCGGCAAACCGGGGAGCAAGAAAAUGCGUAAAAACACACAGCACGGCGAAGGUUCGCGGAACGCACUCUCGAUGGCGGCAGCACCACCCUCGGAAACCGCGCCCAAAAUACCGGAAACACUUCAACCGGAUGUACAGCAGCACGUCGACUUGCUCAACAAAUUUGCGGGCAAGACGGCCGCAGACGCGCUGUGCCAGCUGGACGGCGAUUUGUCGUUCAUGGUGUCGCUGUUGCCCACCAUCAAGUCGAUGAACGAAAAGCAAAAGAUCAACUUCAAGAUCGGCAUCCUGCAGCUCGUGUCCCGGAUCAAGUUCGAUGAAGUGCAAAAUAAUCCCCCGGGUAUGCCCACGUUUACUGUGGCGACCCCCAAUCGCAAGAGCUUUCCAGCGCCCCAUCAACAGCAGCAGGCGUCUGGCGGUAGACACCCGCUCGUUUACGCGGCUGUGUCGUCUUCUCAGCAAGUGCAGCACCAAACCAACCAACAACCUGCCGUCGAGCACGAAUCGCCGCGGGUUAAACAGGAAAUGGUCGACUCGAGUCCAGGGUCAUCGUCGUGGUGUUACGACAUCGACACCAACACCGAAGAAGGUGUGGAUUAUACCUUUGAUCGAGAUAGUUAUAAAGCAUCCUAA